UAACAUUUCGAGACCUUUGUAACAGAGCAACGUCAGAAGUUUAAAACGAGGAACUGAGCGUUUCACCAGUGGUAUGCGUCAAGAAGAAAUAAUAUAUUUUUGUGCAAUAACUUGGUAUUUCUGGAUCGGGGCGGACAAGGCUGCUCAGCUCCUUCGGAAAACUUGACAGGAGCGCCAAGGUUCUUGAGUAGGCUAGAGAAUGCUGGACUAAAUGCGACGGAAUGGCAUCGGCGGUUUUCGAGGGCACGUCGCUGGUGAACAUGUUUGUCAAAGAUUGUUGGGUGAACGGUAUCCGGCGGCUGAUUAUCAGCCAACGAGGAGAGGAAGAGCAGUUCUUUGAGAUUAGGGCUGAGUGGUCGGACAGAAACAUUUUAUACUUGCAUCGGAGUUAUUCUGAUUUGGGAAGGCUAUUUAAGAGGCUUGUGCAAUCCUUUCCCGAGGACAGAAGAGACUUCUCCAAGUCGCCCCUCAUCGAAGGGCUGGUAAGGAUUAAAGAAGCCAGUGACAUUGAGGUCCGUCUGAAUGAAGUGGAGAGACUACUGAAGAAUGCCAUCAACAUGCCCUGGAAGUAUUCUAGGUCAGAGGUGGUUCUGACGUUCUUUGAGCGAUCUCCGUUGGAUCAGGUGCUUAAAAAUGACAACGUUCACAAGAUCCAGCCAUGCUUCCAGAGUCCAGUGAAGAUAUCAGAGAUCAUGAGAUCCAAUGGGUUCUGUUUGGCUAACACGGAGACCAUUGUAUAUGAUGAAAGUCUGGCUCACGAAAAGGAGAGACCUUCAUCCACAGACUCAGCAGAACAUCCGUUUGAGAACGAUGGGAACUUUCUGACUGGGGAGCCCGACAACAGUGUUGACGAGGCAUAUGUCACCAACUUGUCUUACUACCACCUGGUACCCUUUGAGACCGAUAUCCUCGAGUGACACGUGCAGGCAACGUCCUUACCUGAGAGCAGAAACAAAUAUUGAGGCCAGCUGCCGUCCCAGGUGCAUACAGAAGCUGUGCAAACAUCGAUGCCACUGCAGAAGCAUUACUUGUCAUUUUGGGGUUGUUGCUGCAAAUCAGAGAAGAAUGGCUCUCUGGCUGUGUAGAGACUGUGGUCCACAAGAUGAACAGUGUUCAUGAGCCCAUUCCAUCUGUGCCACAAAAGGAUGGACCACCUGCCUGUUCUCCAUGUCACCAAUGUGCCUCAUCUCUACAAGGAAACACAUACAUGUGUGCGUACAUAGCAUCCCUCUGUGGCUCUUUGCCUCUGUGUUAAGCUGCUUUCCCAGAACAGCACUUCCAGCUCCAAUCCUGUUCACAUAGUCCAGUUUGGACAUCGGUGGAAGAAAAGACUGGCAUGCGUUCCUCAGGGCAGUGCUCACCUGCAUUUUAUUUCAAAAAGCCUCACGAUAGGUUUGGUGUUAAAAAAAUCACCGUGUAACUUAAUACAGCGUCCUCCACAGACAAUUUUAUAACACACGUUGUAAUGCACAACAGCAAGGAUGUACAAUGAGCGUUACUAAUUAAGUACGUGAAAAGAUGCUGCCACCUAGCAACUUUCAUUCUUCCUCAGGAUUCUCCUUUCCAUCAUGGAAAUUGGAUGUGGACUAUGUGGGGCUCCACAUGCUUGUGGGGCUGGUGCUCCAGGAACCAUUGCCAGUGCCAUUGCAUAAUUUGGAAUGUCAACAUGGUGUGAAGGAUGACUUGACAUACAGUGUGGCCUCUCUCUUACCGCUAUCAUCAUUUGAUCCUUUCUCCCCUCUGAGUGCGGCCUAAUUACUCUUGAGAAGAGUGUCAUUGGAAGAGACUGCCUGGAUUCCUCUCCGUCAGGUCAUAAAGAUAGUUCUGCUUUCCUGUGCUGUCUCACAGAUAACCAAGACUAAUCAAACAUAGCAAACUUCAAAUUCAGAUACUUGUUUUAAAAAUCCCAAACUGCACUUCCUUAACUUGAUAAGUAUUGUGUAAGAUUUUUGUGUUGUUGUCAAAGUGCUGCUUCUGCUGUAUCUGUAGUGGGGGCUGAAUAGGGCUUUGGCUUUUGUGAGAGUUGGUUUAUUAUGCAAAAGCUUCCCUGAAGCCAGACAAGAUGACGGUGAUGCCAGUGUAGGAUUAUUACACUUGCUUCAAUGGGUAAAGGAGAAGCUCUUUCUUUAUCUGUAGAAAGCAUUCGCUAGCUUUGUGUGGCAAACAAGCAAAUAUGCAUAUUGAUUUAUUUACAGAAACAUCUCUCCAAAAUGGAAAAGGGAGCUAUUGAUGUUUAAGAAUGUAAUGAUAACUGGAACAAACCCAAUUUGAGUAGAAGUGGGAAGUGGUUAAUUUUUUGGUUUAUCCUGAACUUUGACUGUGGAAUGUAUGAUAGUGUUUAAUUUUUUGCCCUUAUUUUUAUACACAGUUAUGAUUUUGCUGCUAGUGAAGUUAUUGAAAAAUGAUGAAGAAACAUAACAUUUCUUUAAAUGUGUCACUCAAAGUUAAGGACAAAGCACACAGUGGUUAGAUUGGAUACAGCCCCUAGUCUGUAUGCUCAUAAAUUGAAAUGACUAUGUUAGUGUUUAUUAGCUGAAAGCCCAUAUGUCUCAUCCCACGUCACAGUCAGUCAUUGGUUCAGGCAGGUUCUUGCUGGAAUAUGUAUAAGUGAUAAGUGUUUAACUUGGAGGGUUUCUGUGCUCGAGGCUUCCUCAGAGUCUGCUCUUCACCUGCAGCAUGUGUGUACUCCAUCUGCAUAGUGUCUCAACUGAAGGGUCUGCCUUCCUGAAUAAGCUCUUCUUUCUGGGCAGCUUUCUUAGCACACUCAGAUACUUGGCACCGGAGCCCUGCACCCAUCCUCAGCAGGUCUGUUUAGUAAAGCAGUCAUGUCUGCUGCUCACCCGUGAGAAAGAGCUGUUCUUUUUUCAGGAUGUGAAAAGAUUCCUUUGUGUGUUUUUCUCUGGCUCAUUCUCCCUCUUUUCUUUUUGACAGUUGCCUGCAUGUAGAACACACCACAUCCUAGAAUAUGUAAAAUAUAUCAGAAAAUCUGUUUGGAGAUAUUUUGUUCUGAAUUAAUUCAAAUGCUGUCUGUUGCCUUCAUGUUCUUUGGUUGUGAGUGAUAUCAGUACAAAACAUGCUUCUUCUCCUGAGGUUCUUUGUACAUGCUGCUUUGUUAUGAUUGAUGAAUUAGGCCUUUCACGGUAUCUCAGUUCAGUCUGUAUUUGUGACAGCUAGUCAUGCCAAAGAUGAGCUGGAUUGCUCGGUUAUCAGGUGUGACUUGAUUGUGACUUGGAAUUCUUAUCCAACUCUAUCUGACUCAAGUAAUAUGGAUUCAGACAUGGAGCCCUGUACCAUAAGAGCUUAUGGUUAAUAAUAGGCAA